AUGUCGUCUUUGCCAGGAACGGUACCGCGAAUGAUGCGCCCCGCUCCCGGACAGAACUAUCCCCGUACAGGAUUCCCUCUGGAAGUGUCCACUCCUCUGGGACAGGGACGGGUCAACCAGCUCGGCGGGGUGUUCAUUAACGGCCGGCCGCUGCCCAAUCACAUCCGACACAAGAUAGUGGAGAUGGCUCACCACGGGAUCCGGCCCUGCGUCAUCUCCCGACAGCUGCGGGUCUCUCACGGCUGUGUCUCCAAGAUCCUCUGCCGCUACCAGGAGACCGGCUCCAUCCGGCCCGGAGCAAUAGGAGGCAGCAAGCCCAGGCAGGUAGCCACGCCGGACGUGGAGAAGCGGAUAGAGGAGUAUAAGCGGGACAACCCCGGCAUGUUCAGCUGGGAGAUCCGGGAUAAGCUGCUGAAGGACGGUGUGUGUGACAGAAGCACAGUCCCUUCAGGUGAGGCCUCCUCUGUGAGUUCGAUCAGCCGUGUACUUCGUGCGCGAUUUGGAAAAAAGGACGAGGAGGACGAGUGUGAGAAGAAGGACGACGACGGAGAAAAGAAAACCAAACACAGCAUCGACGGCAUCCUCGGCGACAAAGGCAGUCGGAUGGAUGAAGUGUCAGAUGUGGAGUCGGAGCCUGACCUCCCCCUGAAGAGGAAGCAGCGCAGGAGUCGAACCACGUUCACAGCAGAGCAGCUGGAGGAGCUGGAGAAGGCUUUUGAGAGAACCCACUACCCUGAUAUCUACACCAGGGAGGAGCUGGCCCAGAGGACCAAACUCACUGAGGCCCGGGUUCAGGUGUGGUUCAGCAAUCGAAGGGCCAGGUGGCGAAAACAAGCCGGAGCCAAUCAGCUAGCAGCAUUCAACCACCUGUUGCCGGGUGGAUUUCCUCCCACAGGGAUGCCAACACUUCCUACAUACCAGCUGCCAGAGUCCAGCUACCAAACCAACACUCUGUCCCAAGACGGUGGCGGUACAGUUCACCGCCCCCAGCCGUUACCUCCAUCAACUAUGCACCAGAGUGGUCUGUCCAGCACUGACAGCAGCUCGGCAUACGGUCUGGCCUCCAACCGCCAUGGCUUCUCCAGCUACUCCGACUCCUUUAUGAGCUCUGCACCUAAUAACCAUGUCAACCCCGUCAGCAACGGACUCUCCCCACAGGUGAUGAGCAUCCUGAGUAACACCGGUGGAGUCUCCUCACAGCCGCAGCACGACUUCUCCAUCUCACCGCUCCACAGCGCCUUGGAUUCCUCUCCAUCCAACGGCAUCUCAGCCAGCUGCAGCCAGCGUUCGGCCGAGGCCUCCAUUAAGACGGUGGACAGCCUCCCCUCGUCUCAGUCCUACUGCCCCCCCACGUACAGCACCACCAGUUACAGCGUGGACCCCGCUGUGGCAGCCGGCUACCAGUACAGUCAGUACGGCCAGACUGCAGCUGCUGUGGAUUACCUGGCUAAGAACGUGGGGCUGUCCAGCCAGCGCAGGAUGAAGCUGGCCGACCACUCAGCUGUACUGGGACUGCUGCAGGUCGAGACCGGCCAGGCCUACUAGUACUCACCUAACAUAUUUAAAACAACAUGGCACCUGGUCACCAGCACAACCCACAC